AUGCGCAAGGAGACCAUCGAAUCUGCCUCUUCGAAGCACGAAGCCCUUAUUGCAGGCGCAAUUGAAGCAGUCGAAUUUUCUCGUUUACAGCCACCUCUUUGUUACCGCUUUGUGGUUGCAAUGUCUCGCUUUUCCAGGGAUAGUAGGUCGAGAAGGUACUGCUAUUGUGGGCAGCUAGUGCGUGUGAGAACAUCUUGGACGGAAAACAACCCCGAGCGAAGGUUUCUAGGCUGUCGAUCAUAUUGUACGCGAUAUGCCUGCAAUUUCUUCGAUUGGGUUGACCAGGCACCCAAUGAUAGGUAUAAGGUAGUCAUAAAUGGGUUGAUUCGGUAG